ACGCGCGCGCGCGCACACGCGCACACAUACAGAGCUCGAGCGGCUUCUGAGUUCUGCGCGACCGCCAACACACAGUGUACUCUGCGUGUACUCACGGCAUAGUAGUCCAAUGCUAGUCGGCGGCCCAAAAUGACGGCAGUGUCCGCGCCUCCAUCAAGCGUCCACUCGAUAAUUCAAGUCGUCAACGAGGCGAACUUAAGUAAAAUCGAGAGCUUCUUCAACGACUCAGCCUACAGGGAAGCCAUUGAGAACUCGUCCACCUACAACAGCCGACUAUGCAGGGAACGCAGGUUACGGAUGCCUUUUCUAGACUCUCAGACGGGAGUUGCACAAAACCACUCAGCCUUGUUCAUGUCCGCGAGGGAACGUCUUCCAGGUUUACAACAUGGCCAAAUAUACACAUAUCCCAGCAAGAGAUGGCGAAAGAAACGGAGACAGUACUUGAUGCACUACUUCCACCCCAAGAGGGUAAUCAGAGGUGACGUAGAAGAUGGAGUCGAGUGCAUCGAGAACUCUGGAAUACCUGGAGCCAACGAUGACAGCAAAGACUCCAUUCCGUUAAAAGAUGAACAUAGCAAAGAUGCUUGGUUCUACGACGAGCAAGAUAUGUUAGAUAUGGAUCCGUACGAAGAGCCAGAUCCUGAUAGUGAUUUUGACUACGAAGAAAGUUACAGUAGCAAGAGGAAAAGAAGGAAACCUAGAGGAGGUGGUCAUCAUCCUACCAGGAAUCAUCCACCGGCGACCGACAGCCCAACGGGAAAAAGAACAAAGGGUGGUGGUCGCGGAAGAAAAAAAGUCAACUACGAUGCCAGUGACUCUGAUAAGCCGUUCGUUUGUGACCUAUGCAGCGCACGGUAUAAAACCAGACCCGGUCUGGUCUACCAUUACGGUCAUUCCCACUCUACUUCCUCCGGCGAUCCUGCUAAGGAACUAAGUCCCAGUCCCGCCGAUGUUGAAUCUCGGAGCGUAGCUGACGCAGUUGCUUCGGACCAGCCAGGUGGUACGCGCCGGGGUCGUCAGAGCACUGCUACCGCUACCUCCUCUGCGAGCAGCACCUCGGGGCCCUCGGCAGCGGCUGCCGCCUCCUCUGCCUCUGUCUCCUCUAUCUCAGCCGUCGUCGUCGGCCCGACGCCGCUGCUCGGCUCUGCUGCUGCUGCUGUUGCCGUUGCUGCCGCUCCAGAUCCCUCGAGCUUUCAAGUCAGCAAUGGCUUGGUGCCCGCCGUAGUCGCGAGCCAACAACAACAACAACAACAGCAGCAGCAGCAGCAGCAGCAUCAGCCAACGGCCGAAUCGAGCUGUGCAGCCGCUCCAGCCUCACCUACUGUCUCAGCUAUCGGCCAGAACCAGAACAGCAAGGACGAGCAGCUUCACCGGCCGCCGGCAGCCCAGUCGCCCAUGAACAACACCGGCUCCUCACCCAAGCCCACCGGCAUGGAUCAUCAGCAGAACUCGCCGAUGUCCCAGCCAUCCUCGAUGCUACCCGGACAGCCUGGUCAGCCCGGCGGUCAGCAGCAGCAACAUCAUCAGGGUAAUCAUCAUCACGCCGGCGGUAUGGACGGGAAGAAGGCGAAACCUGCCCAGCCGUCGCCCUACUGCGACUUCUGUCUUGGCGACGCGAGAGAGAACAAGAAGACAGGCGGCUCCGAGGAGCUCGUCUCGUGCAGCGACUGCGGCCGCUCAGGACACCCAACGUGUUUGCAAUUUACCGCGAACAUGAUCGUUUCUGUACGCAAGUACAGGUGGCAGUGUAUCGAGUGCAAAUGUUGCUCCAUUUGCGGAACCUCCGACAACGACGAUCAGCUGCUGUUCUGCGACGACUGCGAUCGAGGCUACCACAUGUACUGUCUGUCGCCGCCGCUGACGUCACCGCCCGAAGGUUCCUGGUCCUGUCGCCUUUGCCUCGCCGAGUUUCAUCGUCGGGAUUGAGACGCAACAGUAUCAACGACAACACGCAACAGCAGCCGUCGAGACACGAUUGCCGCACACGAAUCAGCAUAAUAUAUAUAGAUUUUAUAAAUAUAUAUUUCAUGGAAUUAGGAGAGUAUUCGCGAGAGAGAGAGAGAGAGAGAGAGAGAAAACAGGAGGGACUUCUCGUUUUGUAUAGGGAACGCCUGUGUAAAUGUUUGUAUGUAAUAGCGUACGUAGCAUCGCGACAACGACUAAUGUAUAAUUUUGAAGCGCGAAUAUUUUCUUUCGUUGCCUUGGAUAUAUAUAUAUAUAUUAUAAAUAUAGAGAGAAGAAACAGAAAACAAAUAAUAGCGUAGGGUUUACAGAAGCAGUUGUGUACUUUUAGGGGGACUGCUGCUGCUUGUAGUCCGCGAGUGUUGCUGAUGGGUGCUUCUGUAUCAAUCUCAUCGAUCUAUCCUUCGAAAUUCAGUCGUGGCAGCUAGUUACUUAUAGAGACUAUAGGGUUGAUAAUUGUACAUAUAAUAUAAUCGAUAAUCUUCGAUCUGGAAUAAUCCAAACAGCGCGCGAUAUAUGCAGGGCAACACUUGGUGCACACACACACACACAGAUACACACUUACGCUCACACAUCACCGAGGACGGGUCGUAACAAUGACGCUUAUAAUAUUCACAAAGAACAAUCUGUCGUAUACAUAUAUACAUACCUUCUUCGAUGCAUAUACAUUAUAUAUAUAUAUAUAUAUAUUCUUGUACUCUCGCAUUCAAUCUCAGAAAGCUACAGUUUGUUGAACAUUACGUAAAUACGUACUCAGUGAAAUAGUUGAAAAACCAUUGGUGCAACGUUUGUCAGACGUCUAUAUAUCCAUCUAUCCUCUCAGGCAUCCUAUGAUCUCAGACGACUAAUAAUUGUGCGUAUUUUUUAAUGAGUCUGCCGCGCGCGUUUCUCUCCUUUUGUCUGAUGUCGACGUAGGUAUAUAUUCUGGCCUCAAUUAUUAGCGAACAAUCGAUCGAUCGGCCGAUCGGAUGCACAUGUGUAACUUUGGCGCGUUGCAUAAGAUCGGUAUAUCUCUGAUGUUUAUUCUCGCGACUGUAAGUAAGCUCGGCGUGUGCGUGCACGUAUUUUUUAUUUUUUUUUUAUUUUUAUUUCAAGGUGGAGCCCUUCUCUUGUGAGUCGUUGGAAAUCGUUGUCGCGCCUAACGUUGCUAUAAGGAAAUGUGGAAUGAACUUUUUAGAUUUUUUUGUUUCUUUUAUUGUGUAGACUUACGUUUUAGCGCUAUUCUUUCUGACAAUAUACCUCGAUCAUUGCACUCGAUCUUAUUGAAUAUUCGGGAAAUUUGUAUACGGUUGGAGAAGUGAUAUAUGAAUGAUCUAAACAGCUGUGAUAUUUCUAAACCACGAUGAUUUUUUUGAUUUACUACUAAAACAACCAGGUUUUUUUUAAUGAUUUUUACUAACAAGUCGUUUUUAACCCCUAGACUGUAGGACUGAAAUUUCCAUGUGAUGCGUUGUUAAAUUAGUAACUCGCGUAUACAGUUUGUUCCACAUUGUCAGAACCUCGGUCGCGAAACGACGAAAGAUUCGAAGCUGAUUGGGCUGCACCUUGGUAAAAUAAGAAUUGUAACUAUAUAUAGUAUAUAUAUAUAUAUAUAACAAUAAUUAACUUCUUGCCUAUCGUUGGGCGAGAUUUUGAUCUGCUCAUACCUCUUGUAAAUUCUUGUAAUUCUAAGUGUAUUAUGUUGACAAUAGCAUUAUGCGGUAGUUUUUAACCAAACGACUGAAAGUAGCCUGAACUAUAAAAAGAUUAAUAUCGAUGAAACAGAGCAUUUCCUUUUUUUAUUGUAGAAAAAUACUCUCCUAGUUCGCGUAACUUUGUACAUCAUUGUUGAAAUUUCAAAAUUUCGACACCCGUUUAAGCAAGCAACUUUGGAAUAAAGUUUUAUUUUCUAUGUAGUCCGUUUUUUUUUAUUUUUUUUUUAUUUUUUUCUUGAAGAACGUGUGAAAAAUUAGUGUAAAUGUGCGUUAGGCGUCAAUGGAAUCGUGUAAAAGCGUGAAGAUUUAAUUUUAUAGAAUAACGGAGAGAACUCGUCACCAGAAUCAUCGCAAAGAGUUUGUUCCCUCAUGAAUUCGCGAUUCCUUGUCGAAUCGCGAUAAAAAGCUGGUAAAUUAUUUAUUUUAUGCCUCUUUAUAGUAUUUAUUACAGACGAAAAUCACCGAAUGAAUUUCUAAACUGUAUUUUUGCCUUGAUUCUGUUGGCCAUUUUCGAUUGCAAGUGCAUAAUGUUUAGUGUGUCGUAUAAAAUAAUUGCUCUAAUGUAGUAAAUAAUGAAAAGAAAAAGAGCAACAACGUUUUUUAAUCUGUAAGUACAGUGAAACUUUCUGAUUUCUACACUUAAUGACAUAGAAAACAAAAGUCCCUCUCGGUAGCAGCAUACGUGUAAGUCUAGUAAUAAAAGAUUAUAACGAAACGAAGGAAGAACGAAAGCCAUUUAUGAUAAAGCCAAGUUCUGCAACGAUGAAAAAAAAGCGUGCUAACAAUUCUAACGCCCCUUGGUUGUUUUAGCUCAGUAUUUUUGUAUUUUACAUAUAAUAUAAUACGCGUAUAACGAACGGAACGUCGUGUACUUAAUGAUUAUUUUUUUUAUUUCUCCUUCGUCACACUAUCGUUGGCGACUAUAUAUAUUUGGUACUCGCGUAAAAAAAGUGAAAUGCACGUUUCCUUUAUUUUCAUAUAUACAUACGGUAUCCGAGAGAGCUAUACGGAUCAUUUAUCAGUGCGUAGAGGUGAAUUAUAAAAGAAACGAUGAUAAAGAUUGUGAAUUGAAUUGUAUACACACGAAUGAAUUUGCGUCUCCGUUGAUUCUAACAUGCGUCCUUAAAUAUAAUUUUUAUACAUGCUUAUUUUUAACAAUAAUGUACGCAAAUUUGAAUAAACAUUAGUUUAUACAAACUGUA